GACGCGCCACUGACACUUCAGCAUCGUUGGGAUUAAUGUUCACUGCGAGCUCGUGAAUGCAAAAUGUUCACUACUUGGUGAACUGAGAACCAGGCGGCUGUUGCUGGGUGUACAGUGACCAGACUGCAGCUCAAACAGGGACGAUACACACUGAGUGGGGGGAGGACACACACAAACACACACACACACACACACACACACACAGCCUGGGAGUGAGCGUGUGCGUGUGCGUGUGUGAGAGAGAGAAAGAGGAGCAACAGCAGCAGGAACAUGGCGGCGCCGCUCAGCGCUCGUGCUCUUCCCCCGAGUCCAAGGUCAGAGCCGGAGCUCGCGCGCAGGAUUUAAAGCGGAAACGAACGACUGCGGACUCUCGAGCGCAUCUUUUAAGUGAUUGAAGCUGACGAUGCCUAUUGAUUUCCUCCGCUGCAGGAAUGGCCUGAGUGUGUGUGAGGACUGAAACUGAGUUGCUGAUAUGUAUUAAAAUGAGCGGCAUAGGGGAAAACUCAUCCGACCCUGCUAGGGUCGAGUCUCAAAAACGCAAAGAAUGCUCAUCAGAGUUCCUCGGUCCCAGCCCCAAGCGGAGCACCGAGAAGCGAAACCGCGAGCAGGAGAAUAAAUACAUCGAGGAGCUCGCCGAGCUGAUUUUCGCCAACAUCAACGACAUUGAUAACUUCAACGUCAAGCCCGACAAAUGUGCAAUCCUGAAAGAAACUGUGAAACAGAUUCGGCAAAUUAAAGAGCAAGAGAAAGCUGCCGUGUGCAGUGAGGACGAGGUGCAGAAGGCCGACGUCUCGUCCACAGGCCAAAGUGUUAUUGACAAAGAUGCCCUCGGACCAAUGAUGCUGGAGGCUUUGGAUGGCUUCUUCUUUGUGGUGAACAUGGAGGGGAACAUUGUGUUUGUGUCAGAAAACGUUUCCCAGUACCUGCGCUACAAUCAGGAGGAGCUUAUGAACACAAGUGUUUACAGCGUUUUACACGUCGGAGACCAUGCCGAGUUUAUUAAGAACCUGCUGCCUAAAUCGCUCGUAAACGGCAUGCCGUGGUCGAACGAGGGCUCCAGAAGGAACAGCCACUCGUUUACAUGCCGCAUGCUGGUGAACCCGGAGCAGGAGCAGGACCAGGAGGCGCAGAAAUAUGAAACCAUGCAGUGUUUCACUGUCUCCGAACCCAAAUCCAUUAAAGAGGAGGGAGAGGAUCUGCAGUCGUGUCUGAUCUGUGUAGCAAGGAGAGUACCUAUGAAGGAGCGACCGAUGCUCCCCACACAAGAGAGCUUUACCACACGGCAAGAUCUCCAAGGGAAGAUCACGUCCUUGGACACCACUAUGCUACGAGCCUCUAUGAAGCCCGGAUGGGAAGACUUAGUAAGAAGAUGUAUCCAGCGCUUUCACCUACAGAACGAUGGAGAUAUUUCUUAUGCCAAACGUCACCAGCAAGAAGUACUGAGGCAUGGCCAGGCAUUCAGUCCCAUCUAUCGUUUCUCGCUGUCUGAUGGUACCAUCGUCUCAGCUCACACCAAGAGCAAGCUCGUUCGAUCUACAGCCACCAACGAACCCCAGCUCUACAUGUCAAUACACAUUCUCCAGAGAGAGCCAACAGUAUGUGGCAUGGCACCGGACCUGGGCAAACCCAUGACCCCACUGGCCACAAUGACCUCCCCUAACCCAAUGAGUGGAAACGCUCAGGGUCAGGAGGGGUUCGUGAGUAGCAACACGCUUGCCUUCUCGUCUCCAGGAGCCCAUAAAGAUUACCGGUUUGGUGGCCCGGGGCCAACUCAGGGUACGGGAUACCCACUGAAAAUAAGCAGCCCGUCGCAUCGGCCCAGUCCUGGAGUAACCAGCUCCCCCCGUUUACCUCAAGCCCAGUUUACCCCCACCAAUACCCUCCACUCCCCUGCCGGCAUGUGCCCGGGCAACGGCAGUCCUCAAGUGUUCACUAGCAGUUCCCUUAAUGCCCUCCAAGCUCUUAGCGAGUGCCAAACCAUUGGCCUGAGCCAGUCUCUGGGGUCACCUGAUUCGAAAAAAUUUGAAUCGCCAGCCUCAGGAGGAAUUGGUUCUCAACCAUUGCCCAAAAUGGAGUCAUAUGUGGAGGCGGAAAAAAGCGGGCAUGACGGGCAUGAAAACGAGAACAGCGGGCACCAAAGGGACGAAAAAGCCAACCUGGGUCAGUUCAACAGCUCGGACGAAAAUAAGAUCCAUGAGAGUAAAGGGCACACAAAGCUCCUCCAGCUUCUCACCACCAAAAACGAGACCAUGGAGUCGUCCUCCGCGCUGUCGCCAGCACCUGAGAAGGAAAUGAUGACCGGGAACCAACCCGGAACAUCAGGAACCAGCGCGACAUCCUUGAAGGAGAAGCACAAAAUCCUGCACAGGCUCUUGCAGAACAGCACGUCGCCGGUGGACUUGGCGAAGAUCACAGCCGAGGCGACAGGAAAAGAACCGAACCACGACGGAGCCAACAUGACCGACAUCAUCAAACAGGAAGCGGUAAGCCCGAAAAAAAAGGACAAUGCUCUUCUGCGCUACCUGCUGGACAACGAUGAGAACAUGAUUAAGGACAAGGUAAUAAAGACCGAGGUGGGCGAGAUAAAGGUGGAGGGGGGUAACGUGGUCACUGUGAAGAAGGAGAAACCCGAUGGAGGGUACGAACAGGCAGAGCAGUCCAGCGAGUUGGAUGAUAUCCUGGACGACCUGCAGAAUAGUCAGAGUUUUUUCUCCGAAGCUCGUCCCAUGUCACUGCCAGCUGCCGUCGAUAAGCAGGCGAUCAUCAACGACAUUCUGCAGAUCACAGGAGAGGGCGGGGUACAACCCAGAGCAGUACAGAAUUUCAGUGGUCCAAGGCCCCCCGGUCGGGUUCCUCCGAUGCGGAGCGUCUCUUUGGACAUGAAUGUGUCAGCUAAAGGCCCGUCGGGUCAAUAUACAGUUAUGAGGAACACCACUCCAUAUUCACUCAUCCAGCAGCAGCAGCAGCAAGGCAUGAUAGGAAAUCAGGGCAUCAUGACCAACCAAGCGAACAUGGCAGGUAAGCAUCUUUUAGGAAAAGAACCAGGACACAUGCUCUUAUUAUAAUCUAUAUUUGUAUGUUUGGGCGUCUCAGGGUGUGAACGGGUCCUCCCUCAGGGGGCGUUGCAGGGACGCAUGGUGCAAAACACAAACAUGCCGAUCAGACCCAGCAGCCAACCAGGAGUCAGACCCAUGCUGCAGGGCCAGAUGAUGCCCAAUGCCCAGUCCAUGGAAAUGGACAUGAGUAUGGCAGGCCCUAGAUUUUCACAGCCACAGGCUCCGCCCAAUCAGACAGCUCCACCCAAUCAGACUGCUCCGUGGCCUGACAGCAUGAUGCCUAUUGAGCAAGUGCCAUUUGGCGACCCUAACAGGUCCAUGUAUGUUACACCACAGGAUGAUGUUCUGUGUGCAGCAGAAGGACCUGCAGAUGAAGGUACUUUACUUAAUCAGCUUUACACUGCUCUCAAAGACUUUGAUGGUCUGGAGGAGAUCGAUCGAGCUUUGGGAAUUCCAGCACUUGUAGGACAGGCACCGUCAUUAGAGUCGGAGAUGUUCCCAGGUCAGGAUCAAAGUCUGCUGAUGGACCAGAAGCCUCUUUACCCUCAACAGCAAUAUGUUGCUCAACCUUCCCAUAACGCACCAGGAGGCUUUGCUCCAAUGCAGGACGCUGGUUACCAUGGCAUUGGGGGAGUUACAGGGCAAAGGCCAGGAUUUCCCAUGAUUCGCAUGCCACUCCGACCAGGUCUCCGACCACCUGGAAGUGUCCCAAAUCAACCUAAUGCACUCAGACUGCAGCUGCAGCACAGACUACAAGCACAGCAGAAUCGCCAGCCUAUGAUGAAUCAGAUGACUGGAGUGUCAAACAUGAACCUACCUCUAAGACCUAAUGUUCAGAAUCAGGGGACCAUUAACGCUCAGAUGCUUGCGCAGCGUCAGAGGGAGCUGCUCAGUAAUCAUUUGCGUCAAAGGCAACGCACCAUGAGCAUGAGACCUCAGGGCCUCAACGUGCCAUCCAAUAUGGCUGCCGGCACUAUGGGCGGUGCUCAGAUUGGCCAUGCCAACCCUACCCACUUUCCUUACACGCCCAACUACGGAAUAACUCAGCAGCCUGAUGGCGGGUUUGGAGGUGCAGCGACCCCUCAGAGUCCCCUCGUGUCUCCUAGAAUGGGUCACGCCCAAAGCCCUAUGAUGCAACAGGGUAAUGCCACAUUUCAGUCAUCUCCAGAGAUGAACGGCUGGACGCAGGGCAACUUGAAUGCUAACAGCAUGUACACUCAGCAGGCCAGCAGCGGUGUGUAUAACAGUAACAGCAUGAGCAUGAAUGUGCCCAUGACUCCCAACACCAAUAGCAUGAACAGCAUGGGCCAGAUGGGCACAGAGCAGCAAGUAUUGUUGACCACGAGUGGACAAAGCGUGAUUUCCACCAGCAUGGGCCAUGAGCGAGUCUGCAGCCUUCAGAGAGUCGCUACACAUCCUUAGAACUCUACAAAUCUACUGCCCCUGCUGGAAGGAGAUCAUACACAUACACACACACACACACACACACACACAUAUAUAUAUAUA